GGCGCUGUUGUGAAUCGAGGCUAGCAGAGACUGAGCUGGGAAGGCUAGUUGACGUCUCGCUAACUUGUGAAGUCCGCUGGGGUCUGAAUAUUAUUGACUGGAAGAAUAAAAUAUUUUUAUCCUAAACUAAACUCCUUCAGGUCCUUUGGGAUCAUGGCUAAAGAUGCUGGUCUGAUUGAAACAAAUGGAGAGCUGAAGGUUUUCAUCGAUCAGAAUCUGAGCCCCAGCAAAGGUGUCCUCUCUUUGGUUACUGUCCAGCCUACAGCUGCCCCUGUGGCCAAACAACUACUACCCAAAACCCUUGGGCCGUCCAACGUGAAUGUUACUACACACAUGCAACAUGUGUCACACAUGGUGAUUGGAACACCCCAAAGGCCAACAGUAUCAAAUACGAUUUUGUUAAACAGUCCGCACACACCGAGCUCUCAGUUCCUCACUCAGAGUCAACCAGCUGAUGCCUCUCCUUGGUCGUCAGGAAAGCGGGGUAAGAAAGGGGAGAAGAAUGGAAAAGGUUUGAGGCAUUUCUCCAUGAAAGUGUGUGAGAAGGUGCAGAAGAAAGGAGUGACCACUUACAAUGAAGUGGCAGAUGAGCUGGUUGCAGAAUUCAGCUCUGCAGACAACCACAUGUCACCUAAUGACUCCCACGUGUAUGACCAGAAGAACAUUCGGCGGCGUGUUUAUGAUGCACUGAACGUGCUCAUGGCCAUGAACAUCAUCUCAAAAGAGAAAAAAGAAAUCAAGUGGAUUGGCUUGCCCACCAACUCUGCGCAGGAGUGCCAAAACUUAGAGGCGGAAAGACAAAAGAGGCUGGAGAGGAUCAAGCAGAAACAGUCACAGCUUCAGGAGCUCAUACUGCAGCAAAUAGCCUUUAAGAACCUCGUUCAGAGGAACAGACAGACAGAGCAGCAAGCAAACAGACCUCCACCUCCCAACUCCAUCAUCCACCUCCCCUUCAUAAUAGUCAACACCAGCAAAAAGACUGUGAUCGACUGCAGCAUCUCCAAUGACAAGUUCGAGUAUUUGUUCAAUUUUGACAGCAUGUUUGAGAUUCAUGAUGACAUUGAGGUGCUGAAACGAAUGGGCAUGGCCUGUGGCUUGGAGGUGGGAAAGUGUUCUGCAGAGGAUCUGAAAGUUGCACGCAGCCUGGUGCCCAAAGCUUUGGAGCCUUAUGUUAUAGAGAUGGCAAAAGGUCCGAUCAGUAAUGUGUACAUCACAGGAGGAUCCUCAGCCAACGGAGCCCGUUACACUGCCGGCAGUGAUGGUUGCACAGAUGGCACCAUUGCGUCUAGUUCGAACGACUCUCACUACAGCGGCUCUCGUGUGGAGACUCCAGUGUCUUACAUGGGCGAUGACGACGAGGAUGAGUAUGAGGAGAACGAUGAUGAAGACUAACCCUGCUACACCUCCCCUC